CGGGAUAUUCUCAAUCAACUCCAGUGAAAGCGAGUCGCCGCUCCAUGCUCCUUGUUCUCCCGCCGUGGGUAGUGGGCCCGCCGUGUCGGCAAAAGGAUCAAACACGCUUCCUCGCUGUUCGUUGACACCGCGGCGGACAGCAAGCGAUAAGUAAACAAAGGCCAAAGGCGCGUAAAUUCCACCGUCGUCAUGUGUGGUCGCACGUGUUUGACACUGGAGCCGAAGGAGUUGGAGUGCUGUUGCAAGUACCGAAAAGCCACCGACGGUAAACCGAAAACGCCACGCUUCCGGAACGAGUACAACUGUGGCAAAAAGUAUCAACCGUCGUACAACGUCGCACCAACCGACGUGACCCCGGUCCUGGUGUCCGCCCUGCAUUUCGAUGAGGCGGCCGAUUCAGCCGACCGUUUGCUGGUGCCCAUGAUGUGGGGUAUGGUGCCUCGCUGGCACAAGGGCGACUUUCGGAAGCACGGACUCACGACGAACAACUGCAGGCUGGAGGGGUUGGCCUUUUCCAAACUGUACGGUCCCCCGCUUGCCUCCGGCCAACGGUGCGUGAUUCUAAGCGAGGGUUUUUAUGAGUGGCAAACGGUAAAACCGCUGAAGGCAUCAGAACGGCCCGCUUUUUACGUACACAUGCCCCAGGCAGACGAGAAGGUGAAGAUGAGCGACAAAAGUACCUGGAAUGUUGACAGCGGACAGUUUAGAUUGCUACGCAUGGCCGGGCUGUUCGAUGUGUGGAACGAUGACAACGGGGACAAGCUGUACAGCUACACGGUGAUUACGUUCGAAACGAGCGGCAAGUUUGCCGAGGUCCAUCACCGUUCGCCGGCGAUUCUCGAGACCGAGGAGCAGGUAGCCGAUUGGCUGGACUACAAGCGGGUGCCUUCGGCCCGUGCGCUUAACAUGCUGCAACCUUGCCACAAUCUCCUCUGGUAUCGCAUCUCCAAUAUGGUUAACAAUUCACGGAACAAGUCGGAUCAAUGUAAUAAACCGGUCGAGGACGUGAAACCGGCUGCCGGAGGAUCGAAAAUCGCCACCCCGAAGAGUAAGCUGAUGCAGUCGUGGUUGAUUGUAAAGAAGCGUAAACUGGACGAAGACGAGCCAAAGGAGGACGAUACAGGCAAACAAGCAAUCAAAUCGGAACCUGAGUCGGAACCGGUAGAGAAAAAACCAAAACCGGAACCCGAUUCCUCGUAAAAAAGGCAGCUCAUUGGAAAACUUUGAAUUUAUGCUUCUGUGAAGUUCAUUUUAAGGUGCGCAAAUAGAACCACCGGCAGGA